ACGUUGGGCACUGAGGUAGUCCAAGUGUUCAGUGACCGACUGCUCAGUGUUUGUAAACAGACCGUGCAUUAUUUGGUUCAUUGUGACAUCUGGAGCAUUACUUACACGUGUUCUAUGUCCUUGGGGAUGAUUAAGUUUCACAUCUGAUGCCAGUGGUGACACCUGCUGGGUUGAAAUGCCAACCUCUGCCGAGGCAGACAACCAGUUAAACCAGUUACAGACAUGUAGAGUGACACAGCUGACCUUCAACAAUGUCUGAAGGUCAAGGUCAGGGGACAACUCAAGCCACACCCACCUCCUCCACCACAACUGUUGCCAACCCCAAAAGUUCUGCGAGCUUCUCAUCAGUCUCCCAUGUUCCCACCCCCAGCUCCGAGAGCUACCCCUCAGUCUCCCACGUUCCCACCCCCAGCUCCGAGAGCUACCCCUCAGUCUCCCACGUUCCCACCUCCAGCUCCGAUAGCUACCCCUCAGUCUCCCACGUUCCCACCCCCAGCUCCGAGAGCUACCCCUCAGUCUCCCACGUUCCCACCCCCAGCUCCGAGAGCUACCCCUCAGUCUCCCACGUUCCCACCCCCAGCUCCGAUAGCUACCCCUCGGCCUCCCAUGUCCCCACCCCCAGCUCUGAGAACUAUAUGGUGUUCAACAUACAUGAGGCAACAGUCACCAUGCCUCAGACUUCAGACUUCCACAUGGUCAGUGCACUGAAUCUCAAAACUCAGGACAAUGAUCCGCCACAGCCUGCGGACUACACAUUCGGUAACCUUCAAUACAGCAUUAAACCAACCAAAGCCAGGAAUGACCUUUCUCUUGCCAACAAAGUUCGUCUUAUUCGUGAAUCAGAAAGUACUGGAAAGAGUCAGAGACAGUUAGCUGCAGAGUUUAGUAUUUCUCUGGGAUCAGUGAACAACAUUCUCAGGCGGAAGCGUGAGUACGUCGAAGCAUAUGAGAACAGCGAUUGUCCAACUCCACCUGCCAAGCUCCCAAGAAGGAUAUUCCCAAAGAAACCUGAUUUUGAUGUUUUGAAUGCCCUUAUAGUGAAAUGGGCAGAAAUAGCCCAAACCAAAAAUAUCCCCAUAUCCAGAGCAUUAGUGCAAGAGAAGGCCAAAGAGUUUGCCAAGAAGCUGAACAUGUACAGUUUCUCCCCAUCCCAGGUGUGGCUGGAGAACAUCCAGAAACUCCUUCAUUUGCCUUUGCAUUCUAGUGCGGAGAACUCCGACCUGACGGCCAAGUUGUACACAGUGUGGAUGAAGAUGUUGCCAUACCUGGUGCAAGGGUAUGAACCAGAGAACGUGUUCACCUGUGGCGAGACUGCUCUGUUCUACAAAGGACUGCCAGACAAGUGCUAUGUGGAGGGUGGUGUGUGUCUCGGAACGCACCAUAAUGUCAGCUUUGAGGAACACCGGUUCACCCUGUUGUUCUGUUGUAGUGCUACCGGGGAGAAGCUUCAGCCUCUGGUGAUAGGCACAAACUCUUACCCCUUCUCUUGCCAGAGUCUCAACUCCCUUCCAGUCACUUGGAGGAGCCAGCCCAAGGCGUGUAUGACAUCAUCAAUCUUUGCAGAAUGGUUACAGCGACUUGACCUUGCAAUGGAAAACCAAGGUCGUCGGAUUGCAUUGUUCAUGGACAUGGCGCCGGCUCAUCUGUCCAGUCUGGUUCUGAAGAAUGUAAGUCUCAAGUUUUACAUGGACAACUCUUCUUCCUAUCUCCAGCCUCUGCAACAAGGCAUCAUCACAGCUUUCAAGUCCCACUAUCGUAAACGUUUCCUCCAGGCUAUCCUGGCCCGUGUGGAGGCCAGCGAGGAGGCGGCUAGUGCCCUGAAGAACAUCACAGAGCUGGACGCCAUCUACUGGAUCAGGUCAGCCUGGGACAAUGUGAAAACCUCUCUAAUCUGUAACUGUUUUGAUGCUGUUGGCUUCAGCACAUCCGAAGCUCUGUCUGAUGAUGGCACCAACAGCCUGUUGUCCAAUCUCCCGGAGCUGGUUGAGGAGACUGGGCAAGCAUUGAAGUUCACACCAAUGUAUGCUGAGGUGUAUUUGCAGUUUGACUCGCAGGUUCUCUGUCAUGUGUAUGAGGAAGCUGAAUGGGAGAAACAGCUGAUUGCGGAAGCGUUAGGACGGCCCAUGAUUAAAACAGAACCAGAGGACACUUAUGGGGAAUUGUUCAAGCAGAAACUCUCAGACAGUGCUAGUAUGCAUAGCCAGUUAGAUUCCAAUGUUGUUUUGCAGAAUGAAGCUUUAGACUGUUUGAGUAAGUUGAAGUCGUUUGCUGUCAAUGACACUCACUUGCUGACGAAAUUGUACUCGCUAGAGGAAACUAUGCUGGAGUCCAUCAGCGCCAAGAGACGGCGUGCAAAGUAUCGGAGCAUCAACAUUCUUCAUAUGCAGUGACUUUAUGGCACAAUAUAUGAUAUCAUUACAUGGGUUGUACUUAAUCAUAGGGGAUCAAUGCGCCUUUCACUUUCAGCUGCCAUAUCGGCUCCUUAUGGGUUAGACCAUGAUUGGUGGUAGGUUGGCACCAAACCCUUGCUUGUAGCUUUCUACAGUCACCUCUCGAGCGUUAAGUUUCAAGCCAAGAUUUAACUGACGUAGUAGUCUAUAGGUCCAUUGUCAUGUUAGACCCAGCGGACUUAUCUUUGAAGGUCACAAGCUUAAGCAGGAAUAACAUGAUAACAUCAACCAUGAAAAGAAAUAAUAGAAGUUGUUCGGACUUUACUUCUGAAUAUCUCUCAGGAUGUUAGAAGCUGUCGCAUCUUUAAACCUGUAAUUCGAUGUUAAAAAAAUAUAUAGACCUAUUUUUAUGAAACAGUACUUAGACAUGAGUCACCACCUACUCCAACUGAUUGUGCAUUGUGUCGUUAUUCAACUAUAACACUGUGGACCCUUGUGCUAACACAGCUUCUUUGGUACAUAAGUCAUCACAUUGUCCCUCCUACAGUUAUCUUCCCAGUGAUUCCGUCACCAAUGAAUACAUUUUGAUUGGACAACUGUUGUUUAGUUUUGUGCAGGUCAAAGUCACAGGAAUUGAUGACAGUGUGUAUAGCAUAAUAUAUUUGUAUAGAAAAAAUCACACCCCUCUAUAUAGAUAUAGACUAUAUGCAUAUAGAGAGGGUGUGUUUUUUUCUAUACAAAUAUAUCAUGCUAUACAUGUCAUCGAGUACCUGUGGUCGAGGUGGCCUCGAGAUAAAGCUGUGGUUGUGAAUUGUUCCAGGGUCAAUUACAGCAGUCAGUGACUGAUGAUGUGAUUCAUUGAUGUGGACAUUUUUAUGGGGCAUUCUCUUCGCCCAACUGAUGGGUGAUCCACUUCUGAAGCAGGGUUAAUAGACUGUUCAAUAUUUCUUCAAACAAAUUUGAUUAUCAUGUGAAUCUGUUCAUUACAAUUUUUGCUAAGAAGUUUGAUAUUUAAAUUCUAGUCAUUUCAAGUUAAUCACAUGGACCUUCCAAAAUAUUUCUUCGUAAAACAGGAACACUGUUGGUGCACUGUGCAGAGUCGUGUCCCUUGGCCAUGCCAGUGUCCGCUGGACAUAGGUUCAAAUCCCAGAUUCAGCAUGAUAAAGAUCAAUGAUUUCUAAACACCGUACCUGUGCAUGUGGGUUUCACUAAGGUGGUAAGCCCAUAUUACUUGAAUUACUUUGGGCUUUCCUGACAUGGUGUGAUAUGACCAUUAUUAUAUCAAAAGCAUCAUUAAACCCAACUCACUCACUCCCUCUAUAACAAACCAGUUUCCAGUCCUGGGAUGCAGUAUCAUUGAGCCAUGUUGUAAUUAUUAUCCUUGUAAAUGUGCCAAGAGUGUGUGUUUAUCAUAAAUCCUUGCUUGUUUUGUUGCUGCAAUGUCAUGGUUGAUGUGAAGCUAAUCUCAGUACUUAUUUCACCAAAUCCACAAUGUGAAAAUGGCUGCUGUACUGUAAUGUAGAUUGAUUUAGCUGAAAAACACAUUGUACUUCCAUAUCCCCUCCCCCCUCUCCUCCCCUGGAGAUUUGUGUUGAGUAUAUACUUAAAUAAACACAUGAAGACCCUCUCAGGAUAUUCACCUUUGGAUUGAGAGUAUCUGAAAGAGAGUGAGUGAAUGUUGUUUUAUGCCAGUCAGCAAUGUGAUGGCCGGAUCAUCGCUACAGGGAGUCAUUGUGAUUGUUUAUCGUAAUACAUGAAUCUUUACAGUAAAUCCUUUUUUGAGUGGUCCAUUAUGAUCCUCAAUAUCAUUGUCUGAUUUGGAGAGAAUUCUGGUACACUGGUAUGUAGGGUAUUAGUAAUCUGCUGUCAGACAAUCCAGUAUUUGUCUCAAGUGUAUUAAUAUUAUAGUGAUAUUGAUGUCCCAAGAUACAUGCCAAAAAUUGUAUGUUCCAAUAUUAUUACAACACUCUGCUAUUAAAGGGUAUCCAUUCCUAACAA